ACUUCCAUCCGCGAUAUUCAAAUUAUACACAGGGUGAUUCAGCUUGGUGUAAAACUGCCCGAUUGUAAAACGUCAUAUGCGACAAUCAUAUGUUUGUCAAAUGCACGCCGGCAACAAGAUUUAUUUUUGUUUAACAUAAUUGGAAUAAACAGUGAAAGUUGUGUAAUCUCGUAAACAACGAGAUAUUUCUUAAAUUAAUUAUUGUACUAUAAGUUUUAACAAUGUGGCCUAUUAUAAUGGCAAUACUAAGGCGAAAUGCGGUCUACAUAACACUGCCCAUUGCUGGAGUUGUGGGAUUAAUUGGUUACAACCUGGAAAAUAUACUAUCUGAUAAAUACACGCCAUAUAACAAAUCCAUACUUGAAAAUCGAGCUGAACGAUUAGCAGAGGAAGAAUUAGCUGACCCAACACGAGUGGAUAAGCUGCGGCUGAAUGUGAAUGUUCUAGAAAGAAAUUUAUCUCCCUCCCUUCAGCCAAAGUAAUUAUUUUAAAAUUAUGUUACUUUAGGAAUGAAACACUAAUCUUUACUCAAAAAUUGUUGUAUAUUUUUCAUUUAAAAUGAUGCUUUUAUCUAAAAAUCUGAAUCGUGUCUUAUGUAAGAAAAAAUAGUAAAUGUUAGAUGAUUUAUGGAUGUUAUGAGAUCGCAAUAUAAAAUAACGUAAUUUGUGUAAGAAAAACA